CUUCUCUCCCAUGACCCUGCCCUGGCUCCCAACAGCCCCCCGCUUACCCGGCCUCCAGAGGGGCCCAGGUUCCCUCGUGUGAAGAACUGGGAGGUGGGAAGCAUCGCCUACGACACUCUGAGUGCUCAGUCACAGCAGGACGGGCCCUGUACCCCCCGACGCUGCCUGGGCUCCCUCGUAUUUCCACGGAAACUGCCAGGCCGGCCCUCCCAGGGCCCUCCACCCGCUGAGCAGCUGCUGAGCCAGGCCCGGGACUUCAUCAACCAGUACUACAGCUCCAUCAAGAGGAGUGGUUCCCAGGCUCACGAGCAGCGGCUUCAGGAGGUGGAAGCCGAGGUGGCAGCCACGGGGACCUACCAGCUUCGGGAGAGCGAGCUGGUGUUCGGGGCCAAGCAGGCCUGGCGCAACGCUCCCCGCUGUGUGGGCCGGAUCCAGUGGGGGAAGCUGCAGGUGUUUGAUGCCCGGGAUUGCGGCUCUGCACAGGAGAUGUUCACUUACAUCUGCAACCACAUCAAGUAUGCCACCAACCGGGGCAACCUUCGCUCGGCCAUCACAGUGUUCCCCCAGCGCACUCCGGGCCGUGGAGACUUCCGAAUCUGGAAUAGCCAGCUGGUGCGCUACGCAGGCUACAGGCAGCAGGACGGCUCCGUGCGGGGUGAUCCAGCCAACGUGGAGAUCACUGAGCUCUGCAUCCAGCAUGGCUGGACCCCAGGAAACGGUCGCUUUGAUGUGCUGCCCCUGCUGCUCCAGGCCCCAGAUGAGCCUCCAGAACUCUUUGCUCUGCCCCCCGAGCUGGUCCUUGAGGUGCCCCUGGAGCACCCAACGCUGGAGUGGUUUGCAACCCUGGGCCUGCGCUGGUAUGCCCUCCCGGCAGUGUCCAACAUGCUGCUGGAAAUCGGGGGCCUGGAGUUCCCUGCGGCCCCCUUCAGCGGCUGGUACAUGAGCACUGAGAUCGGCACUCGGAAUCUGUGCGAUCCUCACCGCUACAACAUCUUGGAGGUGAGGACUGGGCGCAGGUGGCAGGGGCGGGGGCCAGCAGAGGGACACACUAGGAACUGUGGGCCCCACCCCAUCCAGGGCUGGAGGAUCAAAGGCAAGCUGAGUGUUCUGGCCAAAGUGACCAUCGUGGAUCACCACGCAGCCACGGCCUCCUUCAUGAAGCACCUGGAGAAUGAGCAGAAGGCGAGGGGAGGCUGCCCUGCCGACUGGGCCUGGAUCGUGCCCCCUAUCUCAGGCAGCCUCACACCUGUCUUCCAUCAGGAGAUGGUCAACUAUGUCCUGUCCCCUGCCUUCCGCUACCAGCCAGACCCCUGGAAGGGGAGUGCGACCAAGGGCGUCGGCAUCACCAGAAAGAAGACCUUUAAGGAAGUGGCCAAUGCAGUGAAGAUCUCUGCCUCACUCAUGGGCACCGUGAUGGCGAAGCGAGUGAAGGCAACAAUUCUGUACGCCUCCGAGACUGGCCGGGCCCAGAGCUACGCGCAGCAGCUAGGGAGGCUCUUCCGGAAGGCUUUCGACCCCCGGGUCCUCUGCAUGGAUGAGUAUGAUGUGGUGUCCCUGGAGCAUGAGACGCUGGUGUUGGUGGUGACCAGCACAUUUGGGAAUGGCGAUCCGCCCGAGAAUGGAGAGAGCUUUGCAGCAGCCCUGAUGGAGAUGUCGGGCCCCUACAACAGCUCCCCUCGGCCAGAACAACACAAGAGUUACAAAAUCCGCUUCAACAGUGUCUCCUGCUCAGACCCACUGGUGUCCUCCUGGCGGCGGAAAAGAAAGGAGUCCAGCAACACAGACAGUGCAGGGGCGCUGGGGACCCUCAGGUUCUGUGUGUUCGGGCUGGGCUCCCGGGCGUACCCCCACUUCUGCGCCUUUGCUCGUGCGGUGGACACACGGCUGGAAGAGCUGGGUGGGGAGCGGCUCCUGCAGCUGGGCCAGGGCGACGAGCUGUGUGGCCAGGAGGAGGCCUUCCGCGGCUGGGCCCAGGCUGCCUUCCAGGCCUCCUGUGAGACAUUCUGCGUUGGAAAAGAUGCCAAGGCUGCUGCCCAGGACAUAUUCAGCCCCAGACGGAGUUGGAAACGCCAGCGGUACCGACUGAGUGUCCAGGCCGAGAGCCUCCAGCUGCUGCCAGGCCUGAUCCACGUGCACAGGCGGAAGAUGUUCCAAGCUACAGUCCGCUCAGUGGAAAACCUGCAAAGCAGCAAGUCCACCCGGGCCACCAUCCUGGUGCGCCUGGACACUGGAGGCCAGGAGGGGCUCCAGUACCAGCCAGGAGACCACAUAGGCAUCUGCCCGCCCAACCGGCCAGGCCUCGUGGAAGCGCUGCUGAGCCGUGUGGAGGACCCGCCGCCGCCCACCGAGCCUGUGGCAGUGGAACAGCUGGAGAAGGGCAGCCCUGGUGGCCCUCCUCCCUGCUGGGUGCGGGACCCCCGGCUGCCCCCGUGCACGCUGCGCCAGGCUCUCACCUUCUUUCUGGACAUCACUUCCCCGCCCAGCCCUCAACUUCUUCGACUGCUCAGCACCCUAGCUGAAGAGCCCAGCGAACAGCAGGAGCUUGAGACCCUCAGCCAGGACCCCCGGCGCUAUGAGGAGUGGAAGUGGUUCCGCUGCCCCACGCUGCUGGAGGUGCUGGAGCAGUUUCCAUCCGUGGCACUGCCUGCCCCACUGCUCCUCACCCAGCUGCCCCUGCUCCAGCCCCGGUACUACUCGGUCAGUUCAGCACCCAGCGCCCAUCCAGGAGAGAUCCACCUCACAGUCGCCGUGCUGGCAUACAGGACCCAAGAUGGGCUGGGUCCCCUGCACUACGGGGUCUGCUCCACAUGGCUGAGCCAACUCAAGACUGGAGACCCUGUGCCCUGCUUCAUCAGAGGGGCUCCCUCCUUCCGGCUGCCACCUGAUCCCAGCUUGCCCUGCAUCCUGGUGGGCCCUGGCACUGGCAUCGCCCCCUUUCGAGGAUUUUGGCAGGAGCGGCUGCAUGACAUUGAGAGCAAAGGGCUGCAACCCGCCCCCAUGACCUUGGUGUUCGGCUGCCGAUGCUCCCAGCUCGACCAUCUCUACCGUGACGAGGUGCAGGAUGCCCAGCAGCGCGGGGUGUUUGGCCGCGUCCUGACCGCCUUCUCCCGGGAACCCGACAGUCCUAAGACCUAUGUGCAGGACAUCUUGCGGACAGAGCUUGCUGCCGAGGUGCAUCGCGUCCUCUGCCUCGAGCGGGGCCACAUGUUUGUCUGCGGCGAUGUCACCAUGGCAACCAACGUCCUGCAGACGGUGCAGCGCAUCUUGGCAACGGAGGGCGACAUGGAGCUGGACGAGGCCGGCGACGUCAUCGGCGUGCUGCGGGAUCAGCAACGCUAUCACGAGGACAUUUUCGGGCUCACGCUGCGCACCCAGGAGGUGACAAGCCGCAUACGCACCCAGAGCUUUUCCUUGCAGGAGCGGCAUCUCCGGGGCGCAGUGCCCUGGGCAUUCGACCCGCCGGGACCAGACACCCCUGGCUCCUGAGAGCCCGCUUGCUUUCCACUUCAGUUCCCGGAAAGAGGGGCCAUCAGUCCACGACGGCGGUGCCGCUCUCCUGUCUGCCGGACCAGGACCAGCCACCUCCCCCGCCCCCUUCCCGAGGUGCCUUCCCACGCCUGUCCAGAGACUGGCCUUAUUCCCGGGAAUGUCUCUAUCUCUCUCUAGGCCUGUUUCCCUAACCCAGGUCUGAGUAAAUCUGGAAGGCCCCUCCGAGCAGUGGUGUUCCUGAGCCUACUGUCAGCCCUUUAGUGUUGAUUAGGUGAAUUUUAGAUUCCCCUCAUCUCUUUCAGGAAGGAGUAUCUUAUCUUGAAACCUGAUCUCUAAAUCAUUCAAAUAUUUAUUACUGAAGAUUCACCAUAAGAGACUGGACCAGAAGUUAUGAGAGCUACUAAGAUGUGUGACCCAGCACUGUCAAUUACAGUUACAGAAUGACAAGCUUUGUCUUUUAACUUCUGCAGUGAGAGGGAGGUGGAGGGGGUAAUUCUUUGACUGGGAGUCCUGCCCUACACACUCCUCUCUGACCCAGCCCUCUAAAAACAUGGUUUCCAGCCAAUUACGGGCAA